AUGAGCCUGGGAGAUCUGGAGAAAGCUGGUUUAUCAUUGACUGAUGACGAACCGUUCCCAUUGAAUUCACACCGUUCCCUAAAAGAUGAACUUAAUCGAGAAAAACAUUCCGACUCAAAUCAAGAUUCUGUAAUAAUAAUAGAUGAGCUAGAUAAGGGACAUGUCGGUGAGAUUAAAAGAGGGUUGAAAUCAAGACAUGUUUCUAUGAUUGCUUUGGGUGGUACUAUUGGAACAGGUCUUUUCAUUUCAACAGGUGGAAUCAUUGCAACAUCUGGCCCUGUGCUAUCACUAAUUUCUUUUUUAUUCAUGACAACAAUUGCAUUUAGUGUUACCCAAUCCUUGGGUGAAAUGGCUACCCUCAUACCUGUUUCCGGGUCAUUUGCUCAAUUUGUAACUCGGUGGGUUUCCAAAUCUUGUGGAAGUGCAAAUGGUUGGCUAUAUUGGUUUAGCUGGGCAAUGACUUAUGCUUUGGAAUUAUCUGUGGUGGGCCAAGUCAUUGAGUUUUGGACUGAUAAAGUACCAUUAGCUGCUUGGAUUAGUAUAUUCUUUGUUAUCAUUUGCAUCUUCAACAUGUUCCCUGUGCACUUUUACGGUGAAGCCGAGUUCUGGAUCGCAAGUAUCAAGGUGGUUGCAGUACUUGGAUGGAUAAUUUAUGCCCUUUGUAUGGUUUGUGGUGGAGGAAGUAAGCCUGCAGUUGGAUUUCGUUACUGGAGACACGGGAUGGCUUGGGGUCCUGGAAUUUUGGUAAAGGACAAAGCUACUUCCAGGUUUCUUGGAUGGGUUUCCUCACUUAUAGCGCUGGCUUUCACUUUUCAAGGUACCGAGUUGGUUGGUAUUAGCGCGGGUGAAGCUGAUAAUCCAAGAAAAACAGUACCGCUGGCAAUUCGUAAGGUGUUGUUCAGAAUCUUGAUCUUUUACGUUCUUUGUAUGUUUUUUUUGGGAUUGUUGGUGCCCUAUAAUGACCCCAUGUUACAAAAUGGAAAUUAUACUAGCACUUCGCCAUUCAUCAUUGCCAUGGAAAAUUCAGGAACUAAAGUUUUGCCUCAUAUUUUCAAUGCUGUUAUUUUAACCACAAUUAUCCUGGCUGCUAACUCUAAUGUCUAUAGCGGAUCAAGAAUCAUUUAUGGUCUUGCCCAAGCGGGUGUAGCACCCAAGUUUUUCUUGAGAGUGAAUAAUGGAGGUGUGCCAUACUAUGCUGUUUUAUUUACAGCUGCUUUUGGUGCAUUGGGAUAUUUAGCUUGUUCAAACGAUGGAAAUAAAGCAUUCAACUGGUUAUUGAACAUUACAGCUGCGGCUGGAUUAAUCUGUUGGGGGUUUAUCUCAACAGCUCACAUUAGAUUCAUGAAUGUGUUAAAAAAGAGGGGGAUUAGUAGGGAUACAUUGCCUUACAAGGCUUUGUUCAUGCCAUAUAGUGCCUACUAUUCAUGUUUUUUUAUCUUCUUAAUUGUGUUGAUCCAAGGUUUCCUGGCAUUUUUCCAUGGAUUUGAUGUAACUAAUUUUUUCACUGCAUACGUUUCAGUGAUAUUGUUUGUUGUAUUGUGGAUAGCAUUCCAAUUGUUAUUCAAAGGUUUCAGCACUAAUCCCGGUGACUACUUAAUACCAUUGGAUGACUGCGACAUAGAUACAGGAGUAAGAGAAGUAGAUGAGAUUGAAUUUACGGAAAAAGAACCAAAGAAUCAAUGGGAAAAGUUUUGGUCUAUAGUCUUUUAA